AUGGCCGGCCCUGUAAAUCCCUUUGCUGGCCUCGGCCAGAAAGAUGGGCCAGCCGGUUCAGCAGGACGUGGACGCGGUGGACCAUCUGGCCGACCUUAUCAAACCAAAGCCGCUAAUACGUCACGCGAAACCAAAGUUCGAGGCCGGGGACGAGGGACUUUAUCAGCAACAAGGUCUGGGCGGGGGCAAGGAAGGGGCGCUGCCUCAGCGAACAAUACCUGGCGCAACAAGUCAGAUUCACCGUCGGGUUCUGUAGGACCGAUUACCUCGCCUUUCGCACAACUUAAGCAAACGGCACCUGCUUCGUCGCCCUUUGGCGGCCAGACAUUGCAGCAGAAGGCGUCUCCUACAGGGUUUGGAAAGGCCUCGCCGGUGCCGUUUGCUGCCCCCAACUUCGAUGGCAAUGGCGUCGGCUUCGGUACGGGUUUCAGCCAAGGGCCCUCCCACCAGCCCUCGCCUUCCAAUAACGGAUCCAGCGUUCCCGUCGAAGAACUGUCGCAUAUGAGCAGCUAUACCGAGCGUUACGAACAGCUUAAACUCGCUAGAACCAAGGAACGGGAAAAGGCCAUUAGGGAAGGGCAGAUGGCAGAUCCAAAUCAACCGACUUCCUUGAAUCAAGCCAUUACGCCCGUAGGCACGUGUACGAGCAUGUGCCCUGAAUUCGAAAGAGUGGAACGUAUAGUUCAGAAGAUGGUCGACAAAAGCGAGAAGUUUCUGCAUCCCGCAACGAAUUCGCUACAGAAUAUGGAACUGAAGAUGCUAAAACGGUUCAGAAGAUCCGCAGCCGGCUAUGAUGAACAGCUUCCGUCAGACAUUCGAACACCCAAGACCCUCCUUCAGACCAUGAACUACCUCAUACGGCACGUCAUUGAUGGGCCCGAGCCUCUUGGACUUAUCCAUAAGUUCGUAUGGGACCGAACUCGCUCCAUCCGUAAUGAUUUCUCUGUCCAGCAGCUCACACAGGAGGAUCAUGUGAAGAUGGCGGUAACAUGCCUAGAGAGAAUUGCUCGGUUCCACAUCAUAUCACUACAUCUGCUGUCGAGCCCUGCGAAUGAUGAGCCUUUUGAUCGCCAUCAGGAACGCGAGCAGCUGAACAACACGAUGUUGUCACUGAUGUACUACUAUGAUGACAAUAGAGGCCGGAUCGCCUUUCCGAACGAAGACGAGUUCAGAGCCUACUAUAUCAUCUUCUCGAUUCAUGACCAACGGCCUGAUUUGGAGGCUCGUGUCCAGAAGUGGCCCGCGGAGCUGAGGAACUCACCCCGGGUUCAAAUCGCCCUGGAAUUGUUUGCUGCUGCCGGGAAUACAUGGGAGUAUCAGGGUACUCUCGAUGCGAAGCGGCCAAACGCGAUCGCGCAAGGCUUCUACGCACGGUUCUUUAACAUCAUUGAUUCGCCAAAUGUUUCCUAUCUCACAGCCUGCGUUGCAGAGAUCUACUUCAACCACAUGCGUCAGACCGCUAUUCGAUCCAUCUGGAAAGGAUACUGUCGCUAUCCUGCAUCCCAACAGCACAAGAACGAAGAAUGGACUCUUGACGAGCUGACGACAGUUCUUUGCUUUGAUGACCACGAACAGACUAUCAAGUUCUGUGAAGACCAAGGCUUGGAAUUUGCCGAGAACGCUAAUGGUGAUCUUUAUCUUAACUGGGGCAGUCGUCCAAUUGAUACAGUCGCCUUUCAGCCGUCGUCAGAUCACUCAUUCUCGGAACAGCAUGUUGAGUCAAAGCGUGCAGGCAGAACACUGGCUGCCAUCAUCCUUGGCCUCAACAUCAAAGAAGCUGCAAAUCUCGGAAUGGUCGAUAUAUCUCAUUUGUCCGAGCGCAUUCCUGCGUUGCCCGCGCCUAUGACUACGAAUGACGAUUCGCUUUUCGUGAGCGACGAUGAUAACGUCUCUCAAUCGUUCAACUCUAAAACGGCUGGGUCUCCUUCACAAGAAGAGAGCCCACGCGAUUCGCCGAGCUCAGCAUCUAGCCUUCAGAACGCAUUCGCGGGAUUUUCACAGCCUGAAACUUCGCAUCCACCGGCUUUUGCGUUUGCUCCUAAUCCGACUCCACAACCAUCACAGCCCUUUGGUGCGCAGCAACAGACAUUCUCGUCGCCAUUUCCGCCUAGUAGCACAGCCAAUGCUUUUGGGGCACCUCCAAGUGUACCUCCAAAUCCUUUUGCAAAUGUUAUGCAGUCAUCCACCCUAUCGAAAAGCCCCCCGAAAGAAUGCAUUACAGCCUUCACACCUCCGCCCGCAAAUCAACAGCCGAACACCCUCUUUGCCCCUGCACCGAGCCCAGUUGCAUUACAAGACACACAAAAGCCUUCCGUAUUCCCUACUACCACACCUUUCAGCUUCGCGAAUGCCGUCAACACUACUACCGCCCCGACAUCACCAUUCAGUACCCCUACAGUUUCUUUCGGCCCAAAGUCCGACCAAGCCAACGUAGCGGCUGCUGGCCAGCCCACACCUACGCCCUUCAGCACAGUAAAGGGGCCGAACGCCCCAGGGACAUCUAAUUCGAUCUUCAGUUUCUCUAACGAAAGCAUAACUUCUGCUGACGCAACCCCCCCUCAACCUCAAACAACCUUACAACCUUUUGCAGCUGCAUCACCGCCAUUUACGAAUACAUCUGCCUCGGAGAAGCAAGAGCAAUCUCGCAUUUUCUUCUCCCCGCCGCGUCGUGUGCCAUCCGACACCGCGUCCCAAACCCAACUGGGCAGUCCGUCAGUCGAAGAGAAACAAUCAACCCCCUCUGAUGAGAAGACCGCUGUUCCUUUCAAGAAGGAGGUCUCGCCUGAACCGUCAGUUGCAGAAAAGCAUAUAUCACUCCCAAGCAAUGACAUUUCCAGAGAGUCGCUGCACUCAUCGACUGCUGAAGAACCGGAAGCAACGAACGCCCUUAUUGAUGGAGAGCGUUCAGCCCAGCCAGUUGAGGUGGAAAAGGAACACGAGCCUGUAUCUGUUGAAACGCCCGUUGAAGAACCAUCUGCCGAAACUGACGAUGAUUCGCGGCGUUCUGCGUGGUUAUCCGCUCUGAAAGGAGCUGCUGACAGAAGACGAGAAACUGUAGCUAAUGGACGUAAGCGAGUCCACGAGGAGCCAGAAGAACCAAAACUCGUGGAUAGCGGACCUAAAGCGCAGAAACUGCAAAAAGCUGAAGUGCCCACUCCGCAGAAGAAGUCCAUGGCACUUGCAUCUACGAAACCUCUACCAAAGCUUCCAAUUCUGGAACAGAUCGAAUCCAUGACCGCCAGAAAGCCGGUGGAACCCAAGCCCGAGGCGCCGAAAUCGGUUCAAGUUGACGAAGAUGAGCUGCUUUUAUCUGCUGCCCGUAUUGCCGCCGAAUCAUUAAGAAGUGGACCCAAACUCCUCGAUGGGUGGUCUACAUCCUACGAGCCCCGAAGCUCUUCCUUCAGCCCCGGGGCUAGUCUAUCAUCUUCUGUUGCAUUCUCCAGAAGCCAGUCCCCCCAAUCAUCAUCCUACAUCAAUGGCUAUGAGGUCUCGCUAGCCCCAGAUACGGAUCUCGGACUUGGCCGUACGUUGUCUCGAACCGAGCAACGAAUCCGACUGACAGGAGCUAAGGGUCUGGCGUACAAGCCGUUGGAUUUCACUCCUGACAAGAAACGGAAAUCUCGCUAG